UGUUACAUUAACAAAUUAAAGAAAAGCAAAAUUUUGAAGAGAAAAGGCAAAGCUAUGAUAAACUGCUACCGUCACAGCCACUCCCAAAUUGCUUGGAAAGAAAAAAAAAAAGAACUAAGGGUUGACAACAUAGAGAAAGGCAAGAAGAGAGCCGCCUCUGUUUCUCUCUCUCUAAAUAAAAAUUUACAGAGGCUUCCCCUUUUUUCUCUGCUUUCUGUAAUAGACCCAGAAGCUUUAACUCUAUUUUCAGAGUAUGCUAAAGUGAAUGGGGAAUUGCUUGCUAAAAGAGGUGAAAGGGCUGCCAAAUUAUGUAAUUUUUUAGAUCUAGUUCGAGAAGUUUUCUUAUUUUCCUACUGCUUUCGGAGAUCAACGAUGUAGACCAAACGUAUGUUUGGUUUUUGGUGGAUUUUGAACUGUUAGUAGGGAAAAUUGUGGAUGCGAUGGAUUAUUUCUUUUGACAGAUCAUGUUACGAGCAAAGCAUAUCGGUAAUCUCUCCAAUGGUGCAAGGACAUUUCUAUUUAGUGGCUCACGAGGUACUGCUGCAGAUGGGAAUUCAUGCACGUGCCCUGAAGACGAGUCCUGUGUUUCAAGAAGGCAGAACAUAAGAAAUGAAGAUUUGUCAAAAUCCUCAUCCAGGGGAGCUCUGAAGUUGGCGAUUGCAUCCCAAGCUGUUGAUUCUCAUGAAGCUGAGAGAGCACCACAGCUUGUCUCCAAUCCUAUUCCGUUGCGUAGAUCUAACAUUGUAAAUUCUGCCAGCAGCGCUAAUGCUAUUCAACAUGAUGAACAUGCAUCAGCUACUAUUUCUGACCAAUUUGUUAAAGUUGGCAUUGAAGCUGUAUCGUUCUUGUCUGACCUGAUGAAUUAUAAGCUUCCUUUGUCUGAUGGGGGUACGAUAUUAGGCUCAAAUGGGCGUUGUGUGGUCGAAUCAACAAGGUCACUUCCAAAUAUAAAAUCCCCAGCUUUCAGGUCUGUCAAACGAGAGAACAUUGCCAAAGUCAAUCCAAAACCAUCAUCUGAAAUAGCGGCUGGGGAUAAGUCAACAGUUAGCUACAAUGGUACAAAAGAUAGAGGUAAUAAUAAAUCCAAUUUUGUUAGAGGUUACAAGCGAGUUUCAAAUGCGGAAUUUGUGGAUUCAUCAGAAACUCAUAGUAGUUCUGCAAAUACUUAUGAUAGGAGGAAGCCUAUACCACAGAGAGUGAAAGCUCAGUCUCAUCAUUUUAUGUCGAACUUGAAUUCCAAUGUAAUACCUUCUCAUGCAAAGGUUUCAGAUCCUGGCAUAAAUGGUUUUAGGAAAUCCUUUAGAGACAUGAAAACGGCAACCACCGGAGUUUGUAUGACCAGAACUUUAGGAGGCAUGGGGCAUGUUGUGGAAAGUGUAUCCCAGAUAUUGCGACAGCUGAAGUGGGGUUCUGCUGCCGAGCAAGCUCUUAAAAAUCUCAACUUUUCAAUGGAUGCAUAUCAAGCGAACCAAGUGCUAAAGCAAAUACAAGAUCCUGCAGUUGCUCUUGGCUUUUUCUAUUGGUUAAAAAAGCAGGCUGGAUUCAAGCAUGAUGGUCAUACAUACACCACCAUGGUGGGUAUCCUUGGUCGUGCAAGACAGUUCGGGUCAAUAAAUAGAUUGCUUGAUCAGAUGGUGAAGGAUGAAUGUCAGCCAAAUGUUGUGACAUACAAUCGUCUCAUUCAUAGUUAUGGACGUGCAAAUUACUUGAAUGAAGCUAUGAACGUGUUCAAUCAAAUGCAGGAAAUAGGUUGUGAACCUGAUCGUGUCACGUAUUGUACUCUUAUUGAUAUCCACGCCAAAGCUGGGUUUCUUGAUGUUGCCAUGGACUUGUACCAAAGAAUGCAAACAGUUGGCCUUUCGCCUGAUACAUUCACUUAUAGUGUGAUAAUCAACUGUCUCGGAAAAGCUGGGCACUUACCCGCUGCCGACAGGCUGUUUUGUGAAAUGGUCGAUCAUGGUUGUGUUCCUAAUCUAGUUACUUACAACAUCAUGAUUGCUUUACAAGCGAAGGCAAGGAACUAUGACAGCGCAUUAAAACUUUACCGUGAUAUGCAGAAUGCUGGAUUUGAACCUGACAAGGUCACAUACAGCAUAGUAAUGGAGGUGCUUGGAAACUGUGGAUAUUUGGAUGAAGCAGAAGCAAUUUUCGGUGAGAUGAAAAGGAAAAACUGGGUGCCAGAUGAACCUGUUUACGGCCUGCUGGUUGACUUAUGGGGUAAGGCUGGUAAUAUUGAGAGGGCUUGGCGAUGGUAUCAGGCCAUGCUACAAGCUGGAUUGCGCCCCAAUGUUCCUACUUACAAUUCUUUGCUCAGCGCUUUCCUUCGAGUACACAGGUUGCCUGAAGCUUAUAACUUGCUACAAAGCAUGCUGGAUUUGGGUUUAAAUCCUUCUCUGCAAACUUAUACCUUGCUCCUGAGUUAUUGUACAGAAGCCAGGUCACCAUGUGAUAUGGGGAUUUGUUCCCAGCUCAUGGCUGUCACAGGUCAUCCCGCACAUAUGUUUCUGCUGUCUAUGCCUUCAGCAGGACCUGAUGGCCGAAAUGUGCGGGACCAUGUGGAUAAGUUCUUGGAUAUGAUGCACAGUGAGGAUAGAGAGAGCAAGAGGGGGCUGGUGGAUGCUGUUGUGGAUUUUCUUCACAAAUCGGGGCUUAAGGAGGAAGCUGGGUCUGUUUGGGAGGUAGCUGCGGAGAAAAAUGUGUACCCAGACGCUGUUAGAGAGAAAAGCUCAUGUUAUUGGCUAAUCAACCUACAUGUGAUGUCGGAUGGUACUGCUGUAACAGCAUUGUCUAGGACACUUGCCUGGUUUCGCCAGCAAAUGCUAGUUUCUGGUAUCAGUCCCAGCAGGAUUGAUAUAGUGACUGGAUGGGGCAGGCGGAGCAGGGUUACUGGAUCAUCACUUGUGAGACAAGCUGUUCAGGAUCUUCUCAGUAUUUUUAGCUUUCCAUUUUUCACCGAGAAUGGCAAUUCCGGGUGUUUCGUAGGGUGUGGAGAGCCUCUUAACAGAUGGUUACUUCAAUCAUACGUGGAGCGGAUGCAUUUACUUUAGCUUGCCGUCCGCGUAGCACAACAGAAUUUUGUUGGAGGAUGUAGAAGAGGAAGAGGUUUUGUAUAUUUAUUUUAAUUAUUCGCAGCCUUUCAAAGUUUUAGAAGUUAAAUAAGGAGCUGAUGGCAGCUUCUUCAUCAUGUUGCAGUUAAGAUUAGCUUUUGAUUGAAAAUUCGAACCCCAAUGUUGGAUCCAAGUGCUAUGCAAUGGCGACCGGUCUAUUGAGCAGCAGGAUAUAUAUAGAUAUAUAUAGUGUUAAUGGCAAAAACUUUUGGCUGAGAAGUUUAUGUAAAAGAUCCAACUUGAACAGGGAAUUUGCAGACAGAUUUGACAUUUUCCUAUUUUUUAAAA